CUCUCCACCCCUUCACCUUCUUCCGUUCUUUUUUAUUGCCCCCCUUUGUUUCAACGGGCGAGGAUUUUCCGAAGCCAAAAACCUUCUUCGUUUCCGUAGCGGAGCGAGGAGACGAGAGAAACUCACAACAAAAGACGGUUUCUUUCUGCCUUCCUCUGAAAAGGGUUUGUCUCUGUUAAUGAGCUGGGCUUCGAUUCCCGCCACUCCUUCGCAAGCAGAGGUCAGUUUGCUCCUCCUCCACAGUUCUUACAAAUCAAUACUCCGUGUGGUCUUCCCUUUUUUUGUGCCCUUGCUGAGCCUGAUCGUGUUACCGUAAUUUGUCGAGGUUUAACUAGCUGCGAUUCCAUGGGAAUUUGCUCUUUAUUUAUUCGAAAACCCUAGAAUUAUGGAUGAUUUUUUGUUCUCGAUGGAUCAAAUUUGAUGUUUUUUUCAUAAGAUCUGGGUGUUGUUUGUUGCGGCAGUUGGAUGUCUGGGAUCGAAGAGAACAGGUCAAAGUUUGAGGCCUUUAGGGAUUGCUUUACCUUACUGCGAUCCUUUACUCCAGCGUUCGUGUUGCAUAAUCGGUUUCCACAGGUUAAAUGUUUUCGUGUCCGUUACUUUUUGCUUCAGGAAUUCGGUUUGUGAAGCUGAAAGAUGGAUGAGGCCAAGGUGGAAGAGUGUUGCCUUGAGAAUAAGCAACAAACAGCUGCUUCAAGCUCUUCUGUCUCUGAGGGAAGUGGCAGUGCCGUUAACAAGUCUCCUGGAGUAUCAAGUCCAGCCACAGCAUCACCAACACAUAGGUUAGGACCUCUCAUCCUUCUUCUUCAAUUCCUUGCUAGCAGUCUGCGGUAUAUGUUUACCUAUAUGAUAGUUCUCGCUUAACUGGGCAAGAACAGCCUUUUAAUUUCAAAUUCGAUGAGUUGCAUAUAAUGUAUUAAACAUUCUUCGUUAGACUACUUGAGAUUGUAUUACUGAUAUGAAUGUUCAUGAGGAAUGUUUGGUGAAUUUGUCUUGCAGGAGAACCACUGGCCCGAUAAGACGAGCUAAAGGUGGCUGGACCCCUGAAGAGGUUAGUAUUACCAGGUUUUACAAGUUAACUAACCACCAUCUUGCUUAUAUAUGUCCAUCAGCUGUUAUAAGUACACUUGGAUCAUUAUAGUUUUAAUUUACUAUUUUAUUUGCUUCUUGAAUCAGGGCGUCUUGCAUGCUCAUGGCUGCAAAUUGUUGAUUAUCACUAACUAUGUUUUUAAUGCUUUCAGGAUGAGACAUUAAGAAAGGCUGUUGCUAAGUACAAGGGGAAGAGUUGGAAGAAAAUAGGUUUAUUUCUUUCCUUGCCUUUUUUUGUUGUGAUUCGCAAUAAGUGCCAUAGUUCGUGCCUCUCUCGAAAUUUAUCUUUUCGCUGUAUUGUUGAUACGUGAUAACACUCACAUAACUCUAGUAAACAAUAAUGCUAGGGAUAAACACUGGAACCCAGUGGUUUUCUGCUGCUGUAUUUGCCAGAUCACAGGAUGCAGUCUGAUUAUUUGUGUUUGUAGAUUCCCAGUUUGUUGAAACAAUAGAAUUCUCAUGUUCUACUGAGUUGUGAAACUGUGUAGCUGAACAGUCAGAAUGUGCAAACUUUCUUGUACCUUUGUGGCAUAAUAGAUAUGGUAGAAAGGCAGCUGAUUGCAUGACUGUUUGAUUGAAGUUUUUUUUUUUAAGUCUUCUUCUGUAAUGUCCAAGCGACGCCUCAAAUAUUUUGAUAUCUUGACGGUGGUGAUGAAUGAAGAAAAUUUGCAUAAAUGAACAUGUCAUUUGGUCUUCAAGCAAUCACAUAACAAAAUUUAUCUUUCUAUGUUUGUGCCUGCAGCUGAAUAUUUUCCUGAUAGAUCAGAAGUCCAAUGUCUCCAUAGGUGGCAAAAGGUUCUGAACCCUGACCUUGUUAAAGGACCCUGGACUCCAGAGGUUUGAUUCUUCUAACUUUGGUCUUCUAUUCAGCUGGUCUAUCUUAUUAUGUAUUCUAGAGGUGAGAAAUUUCCUCAAUUUGUUCUUUCAGGAGGAUGAUAAAAUUAUUAAGUUGGUGGCAAAAUACGGACCAACAAAAUGGUCUGUCAUAGCGAAAUCUUUACCUGGCCGCAUAGGAAAGCAGUGCCGGGAGAGGUGAGUCUUGCUGUAUGUAAAAUGACCAUGUCAAUUUAGUAUGAAUUGCCAACUUCGGAUGAUCAAGUUGUACUGUAUGUAUGGUCUCUAUUCUAGGUUCGUACUAAUUAUGCAAUGGUUGUGAUAUUCUAAUAUGGAACCCCACUAAUUCAACAAUUUUAGGUGGCACAAUCAUCUCAAUCCUAAUAUUAAAAAAGAGGCCUGGACACUAGAAGAGGAAAUGGCGCUCAUAAAUGCCCACCGGAUGUAUGGCAACAAAUGGGCUGAAAUAGCUAAGGUUCUACCUGGAAGGUUUGAAUUCUUACUUGAUCUGCAAUGAUUUUGUGAGUGUAGCUUUGAUUGUACGAUAUUUCAGACUCCAGAAAUCUUUCAUCUGAAAUAUGGAAGAUAGAAGGAAGAACAUGUAAUUUGUUGUAGCAUUCGAGGUGUGGUCUUUUGUUCAUGUAUUACUGUUUAAAUAAGUUUUUUAAUACACUACUGGUCCUGGGUUUCUGGUAGCUACAGACUUAGCUAAUACCAAUAUAAAUUGUGGAUGAGAUCUUAAUGUAGCCCUCCAUUAUCCAAAUAGUCAAUAGUAUCAAAAUUGCAUUCAGACAACAUCUUCCCAUGCUAGCAUGAGUCACUUGAUUUGCACUAAAAUUGAGUCUGGUAUCAAUGAUUUUUUAAGAGACUCCUGUUUACUGUCAAGCAUUCUCUGGUCUUUUGUUAUUUUCCUGCAAAUCUUCUGGAUGCAUGAUGCUCCAUCAUUGUAAUAGUGUGAGCCUAAAUGAGGCAUGAGAAUCACAGGAUACUGUAGUUUUAAUUGAUACUCUGUGUGGUGCAGGACUGACAACUCAAUUAAAAAUCACUGGAACAGCUCCUUGAAGAAAAAGUUGGAAUUUUAUAUGGUUACUGGGAAACUACCUUUGGUUCCGAAAAUCCAGAAUGGUGCAGCACAUGGUCCAACCAGAAUGAGUAAAGAAUCUGAUUCAACUGCCCAAACCUCAUCAGGGACUACUGACAUUUGCAGGCUAGAGGAGGAUGGCAAGGAUCAGUUGGACUCACCGAGUGCUCAGCUGCAGAAUUCGGUUGCUGAUUCUGAUGUUGGUGUGGAACAUCAUCAAUUACAGUCGCCCUUAGAUGUUAGUUGCUGCAAGCUUGAGUUAAGACAAAAUUUUGAGGCUUGUGGGUUGAAUGGCAACAUGAAUAAAGGUAGGACUGCUGGGUCUCCCCCUGUUGCUGCAACACCCCCGCCCUAUGGUUCUCUAUGGUACGAGCCACCACAAAUGGAAACUUGUAGUAUUUCUCUGGACUGCAAUCCCAGUCCAAUAAUAUCUUCUCCAGCUGGGUUCUUCACCCCACAAUGUGUGAUUAGUAGUAGUGGUGGCCUGGUAAGUUCACAGAGCCCAGAAACAAGGUUGAGAAUUGCUGCCCUGAGUUACCCCAACACACCGUCCAUAUUCAGGAAGAGGAAGACACUAGCUCGAGUUCCUGAACUUCCCAGAGUGGAGGGGACAUCAACAGGGAGUAUAAAACCCAACCAGAGCCCGUCUCAGGAGGGAAGUUUGCAUAGUAGUAGUAGUAGUCCUAGUUUGGUGGUAGAUGAUAAUGGCAGUGUUAGUAGUAAAACAUGGCCAAAUGGAAAGCAAUUCAAUGCAUCUCCUCCAUAUCGACUGAGAUCCAAGAGGCUGCCUGUCUUGAAAUCUGUUGAAAGGCAGCUGGAGUUCGGUUUCAAUGAGGAUGAUCAACAUGAAAAUGGUGCUAACAGUGGUAAAGCUGUUAAGUACACUGCUGGGGCAAGUUCUGCUGCUCCGGAGAUGGCUGUGACAUAGGCUGAUUGGUAGCUUGUUUGACACGGUAAGCUUUUACUAAUUGAGACGGUUGGUCAUAACAGGCGUGCCUACUGAACAGGCAGUAUACGAAUCCGCUGAACUAUUCUCCUUUUAUGUUUGAUUUUCUUUCAGGGAACCAGAGGACGACCCUUUUCUGGUGCUGACUUUACUAAUUGAGACCGAGACUUUACAGAGUUGCAUUCGUUCGACUUGUCGAUAGUAUUUUCCAGGAGCUAUGCCUUCACUACUGGCUUGUGUGGAAUAUACAUAAGAAGAAUGAGCAGGAUAGGUGUUUUUGGGGGAGCUCACACUUUUGUUUCAAGUCACCAAAUUGUAACUACCUUGUACAGGUGAACAUAAACUUUGUCGAGCAGCACUAGUAUUUACAUAAGACCAAAAUGUUGAAGAAUAAAAGAUGGAUCUUAGCAGAGUAUAUUUGUUCUUUCUCUGUUUUGGGUUCUUUUGAGUUCAUUUUUAUAUCGGGCCAAUCUUUAGUGAAUUUGUCAUUGUUACAUAACUUUUGAUAUGACACCAAUAGUUAUGUUUUUCAUUAGUGGUUAACAGAAAAUAGAGUAAGUGAUGACAU